AUGGCCCGCAUUUUUGACAAUAUUUUUAUCAAAGUCAGAAAUGAUAAGAAAUUUAAAGAAGAUGAAAUCGUUCUGAGCAACCGAGACAACAACAACAAAGUUAUGGAUGUUGUUGCUGUCAAAAAACUUAUUCACAAGACAGGUGACAAUUUGUUUAACGGAAACGGCAACGCGCCGCCACCUACUCCGAAGAAGUCCAUACCAGUCAAAAAACCAUUCAAUGAUACGUUGAUUGAAGAUCAAAACAACUUGAAUGUUCUACCUUUCAUGGACUACGCAACAAGUGAACCGCCAUCUUUUCACUACAAUGACGCCCUUUUGAACCAACGACUCAUCAAACUCGCCACCGACAGCAACUAUCGAAGCAUAAGUUUCAGUCCACCUAGAACGAGCACAACAUCUGCAACAUAUUCACGGUCCUCAUCGCUACCAGUUGGAUCCCACAGGUGCAAUGGAGGGGACCACAAAAGAAACCAAGCAAACAAGAAAAUUGUUUCCUCAUACAUGGUUCAACGGAAUUUUAAAUAUUUUAAAUUUCAGCAAACAUCAGAUGGCAAAUUGACAUCAGCAUCGUCAUCGUUACCCACCAUGUGUCAUGCCAUAUCGCCAUCAGUUGCAGAGUGCAUUAGGUCUAUGUUUGCUGUAUUUUUGUGGAAAGAAGACAUCGUGCAAGAUGCCAUGGCGUGCGCUUCCUUCCUUAAAUUUCAUCCUUCUUUCACUAAGGAACACUGCUUAGACGGGAUAGAAUCUAAUAACUUGAAAACUGGCGAGACGAAAAAUAUCUUGUAUGAAGAUGAUCAGGUUUAUGGAGGAGGAGCAGAAGGCGUGGAAGAGUUGUCUAAUGAUGUUGACUCUGUUCUCACCGAAAAAUCUUCAUCUAAUGAGUCCAAUAUUAACAACAACAACAUUAAUGCUAUUUAUAUAAAUGUCACUAACAACAAUAACAACGACAACAGUAAUAAUAACAUAAUAUGUAGUAAUAGUAAUAAUAAUAAUAAUAACGAUGGCAUUGAUUUAAAUGCUGCAAAAACUUUUGUGAAAAUGUUAUCUCCGAAAUUGCCCACUUUGAAGCAUUUAGUAAAGAUUUGGCAGGAUAUUUCUAAAGCUACCCUAAAGAUGAUAGAAAAUUCUUCAUAUUUAUCGGCCAAAUCAAGUAACGAAAUUGACUUAAAUUACAAAUUACCAUCACCUGCUUCCAAAUCGUCAAAGCACAAUCUUCUCAAUGAAUCUAAGUCAUUAGACAAAAGUGAAAAGGAAAUAGCUUGUGAUCUGUGUGGAGUGGUUUGCAGUAAUCCCAUCACGUACCACAUGCGUCAGAAUCAUCCUGGUUGUGGCAAAUCUGCUGGAGGUCAAGGUUACAACAGUGGAGGUCUGUUUUGUGAGGGCUGGGCUGGAAACUGUGGAGAUGGAGGAUUGGGAACAAGUACUUGGUAUUUAAUUUGCGAGUCUUGUAGAUCAAGGUACCAAACCAACUGGCAAGCAAGCUCACAUUUGAACAAUAGCAAACAUAGUAAGCCCGUUUUUGAAUGCAAAAAGGAAUUUGCUUAUAUUAGUGAUUAUCACAAUGUUAUUAAGAAUAAUGCCACAUUCAUUAUGGAUUUUUUCAAUUACAACUCUUCGUCUUCAUUUAAUAAAUCUGAAGCAGAGGUAGAAAAUAUGACUUCACCUUAUCAAUUUCCACCUACUCCUUUCAGUUACAUAAAUUUGCAUGACAUGGCAACGACAGAAACAGAUUUGAGUAACCAAGAUAUAGUUACUGGAGAAUUUUCAUAUAGAAUUGGGAGAAAACCGAUGAACAGUUCUAUCACUACUCAAAUAUCGGCAACCAACCAUCAAUCUUCAUGUCGUUCCAGGCCAAAAUCAGUUUAUGGAGAGUACAAAUUUGAAGCUGGGAACAUGUCUGCCACGUCAUAUAACCUCAGCAAACACGCAAACUUAACUCCAGAUAAUCAAACUUUUCAACGCUUUCACAGAAGCAUUUCAGAAAUGGGACCAGCUAUUGGAAUGGGAAUCAAAAGUGUUGAAAGUUCUAGUUCAAAAAAUAUUUUGCUGAAGAAAACUUCAAGAGGUUUGUCACUUUUGAAUCAUCCGUCAUAUCAAAUGACUUGUCUUAUUCAGGCAACUGAGAAAGAAAUGCAAUCAAACAAAAUAUCAGUAAGCGAAUAUUUGAUGUGUCAACCAUUAAUGCAAUUUUGCACUCAAAUUCACGACUUGGAAUGUUUGAAAAAAGGCAUGAAGUUGGCCACGUGUAAAGUAGCAUGUCGUGUGCAUGCCUUACAAGCUUUCAAUUGGUUUUUUAGACAGGUUAGCGAAUUAUCCUCAAUACAUGAUCUUCUCUGGCAUUUUGUUUCUACUUUGGCUUUGUACUCCGAUGAAGAUAAGGAUUGUUUGUCCAGAAUGAAAUAUCUCAACAAAGAAACAGAUAGUGAUUGCAAUGAAAUUAUUUGUCAGCAUCCUUUAACUGAUGUCGUUUUUGUUAAAACUCAUUCGAAUUUGAUUUUAGAUAGCUUUUAUUCUUUUCUUCAAAGUUUGUCAGAUGUGAUGAUGUUAAUACCCCAUGGCAGUCCUGUUCAGUUGAUGGCUAUAAGAAGUUGGUUUUUUAAAUUCGAACCCAUAGAUCAUGACUUUUUGCAUCAAUGCAACGUUUUUAAUAGCAUAAGUAAAAUUCUUUCUAAUUCGGAAGUGGUGCAUAAAAGUUUAUUAAAUACAUCUUGUGCGCCGUUUAAUUACAUUACCCAGUUAAAGGAUAUAACAUCCUUUGCUGAAAUAAUCACUUCAAGUCAUCCACAGAUGGUUGUAAGUUUAACUGAUCAAUGUACAGAAACAUUUUGGGAAAGUGGUGAUGAAGAUCGAAACAAAUCCAAACUGAUUACACUAUCACUUUCAAAAGAUCAGAACCCCAUGCUCCUUUGCAUACACAUCGAUAAUGUUAGAGACUUAAACAAUAAAGUAACCAGUGUUGUCGUUAGUUCGGGCACAAACCAAGAAGAUCUUUAUGUUGAUAAACACGUUGAAAUCGAACUUCGAUUUGCUGGCUGGAUUAGCGUUUGGUUCACAAAAGAGUCAACAAAUUUUAUUAAAUUAGAAUUGAAAGGUCCAGAUAAUAGCUUGAGGGUGAGACAGAUUAAGUUGUUGGAAUGCCCCUUUUAUAAGCAUUUCAUUGAGUUACCGUCUGGUAUUUUCAAUGAAGUUUUGCAAUACGCACUUUGCGAAAAAGAAACCUUGAAUGUUUUUAAAUUUCUUACAUCACAAGUUUUUGGAUCGUUGGUUACUUCUGAAGAGUUAGUAACAUCAGAAGAGCAUAGUUCAAAUAACACAGCAAAUCUCAAAGAGCACAUGGUCGGUAUAUUGUUUAGUCAGCGCAAAUUGACAAAUAUGCAAAAACAGGUUUGCACGUACAUGCUUCAGGCAAUUCAAAAAGAAACGGUCGACGUUUAUAACAAGUGGAAUAAUUUGCAAGAUAAAUGCGUAAAUGCUAAAGAACAUUCAGAUAAAUAUUGUUUUGAAUUGCUUUCAUUGCUAAUGGCUCUAACUGGAUCUAAAGUUGGAUGCUUAUUUGUAGCCCAACAGAACAGUUUAUUAAAAGACCUUUUAACUCUUUUACACACAUCUACAGCCAGGGUUCAAAGGCAGGUGGUACUGUUGUUAAGGCGUUUGUUAGUGUACGUCGAUCCAAUAAAAUUUUCUGAAAUCCUAGGACUUAAUUUUGAAAACGAUGUCGAAGAAGAUGCAGUAGGAAUACUGGAUAUAUUUUUAUCAUGUAUAGCUAAAAGUAUAACCAUUCAAAUAAAACAAUCGAAAACUGCUGGUGCGUCAUCGGCGGAUACAUGUACACUAGCAGACAAUCGACUACAUAAACUGAAUUUGAAAUGUUGGUGGCUUAAAGGUUCUUCAUCUGUUCAAUUAGCUGAAUUGAUUAUUAGUUUCUUAACAGAUUUGUCUGAAGGGAAAAUAACAAAAUUUUGGUCAUCAGUUACAAAAUCCGCUAUCCGUGACAAUAUUUUGAAAUUGUCGAGACUGCAUGAUGAAAGACGAUAUCCAAAUGCUUGUGUCCAGACAAUUUGUUUUUGGAUGACACUCGCUUCUCUGUGCAUAUUAAAUAAAGACGAUGCUGAAAAGUUAUCUACCUCAACAGACGCUAAAGUUGGUUCCGAAAAAACAAAAAAUAUUUCCUGUGAAAAUCACGACGACGGUGAAACAUAUGCCAUAAUGAAUUGCUCUAUCUGCGGAAACUUGUGCUCUGAAUGCAAUCGUGUGUUACAUUUAAGUAAGAAAACUAAAGAUCAUCAACGACAGAUCUUCAAAGAAGAGCGGGAAUCGAUCAAAGUUGAUUGUCACGAAAUUUGUGGUCGAAUAAAAUUGUUUUGGCUACUAGCUUUGGUGGACACAAAAAAUUUAAAAGCCAUCAUAGAAUUUCGAGGUAUCGAUAAUCACAACAUAUCUUCAGAUAGCUUAAAUCUUGUUUUCACGAAAAAAAAUGAAUUCUGCCGAUUUUGUGGUUCACCUUGCGAGAACGGGAUAGAAGAUAAAAUAGCUGGCAUGUCUUGUAAUCAACCAGAUUGCAUGAAUUUAUAUUCCAAAGCAUGUAUUAAAGUUUUAAGUUGUGGUCACAUGUGUGGAGGCAUUAAAAAUGAAGAAAAAUGUUUGCCCUGUUUGUAUGGGUGUAAAAGUUCUGACACUUCAAUAUCUUUAAAACAGGAUGCGGAUGAUAUGUGCAUGAUUUGUUUCUCAGAUGCUCUUUCUAGAGCUCCAGCCAUUCAACUUUCUUGCGGUCAUGUUUUUCACUUGCCCUGCUGUGAAAAAGUGUUAGUCUCUAAAUGGCCUGGACCAAGAAUAACAUUCAAUUUUUUUCUGUGUCCUAUUUGUAAAACGGAAAUGAAUCAUCCAGCGUUGAACGAGUUAUUGACGCCCAUCAAAAACCGUUACGAAGACGUGAGACGGAAAGCAUUGAUGCGACUGGAAUAUGAAGGACUGCAUUGUAGCAACUCUAUAGUCGCUCAAGGAUCGGCUUAUUUCAACGACCCGGCCGGAUACGCGUUGAAUCGAUAUGCAUACUACGUAUGCUCGAAAUGUGACAAAGCAUACUACGGAGGUGAGGCUAGAUGUGAAGAACAAGUCGUCGGUGGUGCUAAUGGUUUUGAAGACUAUGACGCUUCCGAAUUGGUAUGUGGUGCCUGUUCUGAUGUUUCGAGAGCCCAAAUAUGUCCGAAACAUGGAGCAGAUUUUUUGGAAUACAAGUGUCGUUACUGCUGUUCGGUUGCUGUAUUUUUUUGUUUUGGGACAACUCAUUUCUGUAACGUAUGUCACGAUGAUUUCCAGCGUAUUACGUCAAUUUCUGUUAACGAGUUGCCUCACUGUCCGGCUGGUUCGAAAGCCAGGCAGUUGGAAGGCAACCAAUGUCCAUUAAAUAUCAUCCAUCCUGCAACGGGCACUGAAUUUGCUCUAGGCUGCGGCAUUUGUCGAAACGCGCAUACAUUUUAAUGAGGGAUGAUGCUUUCAAAUUAAUUUUUUUACAUAAGUUUUAUAUUUAUAAUAUCAUUCGUUGUCAUGUUUCAGAUAUUAAAAACGUGUAACCUUGGUAGCUAUUAAUAUUAACUGAACUUUUUUAAUAAACAUUCUUUUGUUCUUAUUCCCGUUAUUUCUCAAGAUAUUAUUUAUUUUAUUAAAAUGCUGUCAUUGUAACAAUUGUACUCUUUUACAAAAUUUUUUAUAAAAUGUAUUGAUCACCAAAGCAUUUUGUUUUACUUAAUAUUUGUUUGUAUAAUUUCUAUUAUAAUUGAACUGACAUUUUACAAUUCAAAUUGUUCGGACUAGAUGUUAUUGCGACAUUUAUAUCAAAUUUUUCUUUACAUUCACAGUAUCUGUUUGAUAUUAUUUGUUGCUUUUUAAUUUUUUUAAAACAGUGAAUUUUGUCUUGUAUUUUUUUUCAUAUUGUUUGCUCCAUAUGGUGUUUUUAAAUAUUGUUUUAAUCGUUCUUACGUUAUGAUAAAUUUAUUUUUGGUUUUUUUGCAGUCUCUAGGCAAUGCUUUCAAAAUUUUUAUCGAAUCAAUUGAUUUUAUUGUUUUUUUUUAAAUUAUUGUAUUUGUAAUCAUUAUUAAAAUUAUGUAAAAUU